CACUGAUCUCGUGUAUUACAACGAUUACAGAGAUCAGCGGUGGUUUGCUUUGCUUGGACAUAGAAGUGUGGCGCGUUAUGCAAAUAAAAGUAUUCUCGCGCAAUGAAUCGGCUGCUCAACUGCCGGAGGGAAGUGCAUAAUUAGAAGUCACAGAACGUAUCCCAAGGAGCUUUUCUAUCAAUAUCCAUUUAUUACUUAUGUCAAGUCCAUUAACUGACAUUCAAUACUCAGCUGACGUCUUAUCCCAGAACACGUGUCAAUCGGAAAUAUCCGAGAAAUGAAUGCCCAGGGACGCAAAUGUCGAAUCAAUGAUCAUGAACGCCGAUUCCGAAUAAAUUACGAUAAAUGAUCACUCGUCUCACGGCCUCAACACUUUUGACGAAAAGUUACCGUCUCUGGAGUUUAGCAGGACAGAGUAAAUAUUCGGUCGCAAUGGGUGAUUCGGAAUCUUCCAAAUCUGGGCUAUCCUUGCGUCAAGUUUUGGAUGCAAUCCAUUCGUUUGCUGCUGAGGAGUUAGCUGCUUCUUGGGACAAUGUCGGUCUACUCAUAGAACCGAUGAAACCAAAAUUAAUCAAGCACAUACUGAUCACUAAUGACCUAACCGAGGAUGUGAUGCAAGAGGCUGUCGAACUCGGGACUGAUCUCAUCAUGUCCUAUCAUCCACCUAUAUUUGCACCCCUCAAAUCGAUUACAACUCGGACAUGGAAGGAGCGUGUUGCAGCUAGCUGUUUAGAGAAUAGAAUUGCCCUCUACUCGCCCCACACGAGCUUUGACUCGGUAAAAGGGGGAUUGAAUGACUGGUUGGCUGAAGCUUUUGACUUGGAAACGAGUAGGCCGAUUGAAGCUGGCGUUGAUCCGCAGAAUGGUUUUGGUCGUCUUUGUACACUGAAGACGGUAGUGUCCUUGACGGAGGCUGUGCGUUUAGUGAAACUACGCGUAAACUUACCACACGUAAGAGUCGCUCAUGCAAGAGGAGAGGUGAAAAUGAUUACCUCCAUAGCGGUCUGUGCGGGUUCUGGAGCCUCUGUGUUGAAGGGUGUGGAGGCAGACCUUUACAUUACUGGAGAAAUGUUGCAUCACGAUAUUUUGGAUGCAGUUCACCAGGGAUCCAACGUCAUAUUAACCAAUCACUCAGAUUCAGAGCGUGGUUACUUGAAAGUUUUUGCUUCAAAGUUAACUGAACUUCUUAAUCACUCUAUUACGGUCAGCCUUUCUGUCGUUGAUAGAGAUCCACUGAGAAUUGUAAAAAGGGAGAUCUCUGAUGUGGUAUUCUUUCACCAUGGUCACAGUUUGUGUUGUUCAAAUUACAAGCAUUGUGGAACUCUUGCAAAAGUUUCCUUUCCCAUGUGAAAUAGAUGCUGGAGCUACAACAAACGGAUUAGGGU